AUGCCACUCUCCACCCUGGAUUCUCUCCCGUGCGAGAUUAUUGAGACGAUUUUCCUUGAUGCUUUUGUGGUCAAUCUCGCACGUGCUUCCAAUGUGAUCGCGGCAGUUGUUUCACGAGAGGCGCUCUAUGAUAUUUUCAUGGUCCAAGCGCUUUGGAAUGACCCACAGGAUUGCUUCCGGCUGCGGCCCUCUGACAGAGAAUCCAUUUAUUGCGAUAUGAGAUGUAUCAAACGAGACUAUCAAGAUUGUCCGGGGUUUCAGUCGGAACUACGAUUGGCCGCGUAUCGCCCUUUACUGGUCUCAGAUCAGAGGGUACUACAGCAAAAAGUGAUGGCAUGUCGCUGGUUCAACAUUCAUCGGUUGAAACGGGUUUUACCGACGUUGCUAGCACUGGCACUGGAUGCUAUCAUGUGGCAAGAACAUCUCCGAUUUCCCUCCAAAGAAGUGCAGCGGCGAGAAUGGAGCGGGGUUUCUGCGAUUGAGACUUUACGAGCCCAGCAGAUGUGUACAAACGAUGGCUAUCCAAAGCGACUUCGGGUCAUGGACCAUUUUGCCAUUGAGGCUGAAUAUAUUGCGCCAGAGCAUGGGCGACGUCACAUCAUCCGACCUAUCCGUCUGUUUCUGCUUCCAGACAAGGCAUUACAUGGCUUAUGGUCCGAUGAAAAAUUUGACCUUCUCGUUGCCCUACGCCGGGCGUUUGGGAAAAGGUUUGCCCGGCAUGACCUCUCCUACUCCGCCAUGCGACAGCAGACACUUGCUCCAGUGUUUUCUGGAAUGGCUUGCUUGCAGGGUAUUAAGGAUGCCAUAGCACAGGGCAACCGUAGAGCCCUUCUCUACCUGCUGGAUAUCAGAGAAAAUUUCCGACCGAUAACGCCAAAUAUCUUAAAAGUCGGUUCUCGGAUCAACUAUUGA